CGACAGACGAGUCGACAUGGAGAGCGAGCGCAAUCAGGGCAGACAGGACGAUCAGGAAGUCCUCUGCAUUGAAAUUGUAUAGGUUGAAGAAACACGACUUGGCCGAACUUUGAUAUUAUUAGAUGCCGGAAGGCCCUCAUGCCUAUGCACUAAUACAAUGAACGUGACGUAGAGCGAGAGGCUUGAAGAAACAUGGUGGCCCAGAGGCAUUUGAAGCCUAGUUCUACGCCAAGCCUGGGAACAGAUUCAAAACCUUUUCUGAAUCCUCUGCAUAUUCCACUGCUACCGUCCGGGUAGUCUCCCUCGUACCCGCACCUCAGCUCCUGGAUCCAGAUGACCAAUGGGUCCUCACCCCUGGUCUCUUCCGCAUCAAACCACAGACCCCAAGGUAGCUAUGGCGAACAUGUAACGAAGCACUCGACAAAAUAGGGCGGUCGGAGUGGGACGUAGAAUAUCACGGGCUAAAUCAGCGCCAGAGAGAGGAGGCUAUGAGGGCCGCUCUGACGACCUUCGCCUCGAAGUACCCGCUGCGACCAGACAACCCCCUCUCUUCUUCACCUUCUGUCGAUAAGCUUCGAGAGGUCCUUGGUCGUGCACCUGGGGCUGCCGGCGGCAAAGACGUCGAGUACUGGACGGAUGGCCUUAGUGGUGAGAUCACUUACUACUGGAGCGACCGAUACACGGAGCAGCUCUUCCAGGCUCUUGUCGACGUAAUUAUGUGAUUAGCAUCGAGGUCAUACUCUUCCGAAGUG